CGGCGGUGGGGGGGGACACCCGCAAAACGGAUACCUCAAAAAGGAAGGAUGUGAAAAAGGAUGGAGGGACGCAGGAAAAGAGGGGGGAAAGGCUGGUGAAAAACAGCAUCCUCUCUUAGUGCAAUAUAUAUCUGCCUCCCCCCUCGGCAGGUUGCCAUGGUCGCCAUACCUACUCUCUCUCUCCUAUUGGUCCUGGCAGAGUGGGCAGGUCUGGUGGACGCCUCCCCCCACCUCCUGCUCCGGCCUAGCCCCCGGGAGCGGGAUGCUGGCGCCAUGAUGAACUUCAACAUCGCCGUGAUCCACGCCGGCGCUACGGUGCAGGCGGAGGCGGCCGUGGCGGGGACUGGGGGAAGGGUCCUCUACCCUGGCUUCGGCCGGGUGUACGGCUCCCUGGGGGAGAGCGUGGUCACCCAGUGGGGCUCUGCUAACGUCAUCUGGCUACAGGUGAAUGACAGUAGUCCUAAGACAGUGCUGUCCCAGCUGUGUGAGCUGCUGGCGGCGCGGCCCCUGCAGGGUCUGGUGUAUGAAGAGGAGAGGCCCCCCCGCACGGCCUGGGGUCCUUUGGCCCCAAUGCUGGAGUUUGUGUCUGCGCAAACAGGACUGCCCAUAGUAGCUGUAGGAGGGGGAGCGGGGCUGGGGAGGAUGCCACAGGAAUCAGGUUCCGUCUUUCUCCAGUUCAGCUCCUCUACUGCCCUCCAGUUAGAGGUCAUCUUUGAGGUGCUGGAGGAGUACGACUGGACGUCCUUUUCCGUGGUGGCCACACGUCACCAUGGCUACCAGGAGUUCCUGUCUAUUGUGGAGGGCCUGACCGACGGCUCGUUCAUCGGCUGGGAGAAGAAGAGUGUGGUGAUCCUGAACGUGACCGACGACCCUGGGGGGGCACGCACGCGCAGGCUGCUGAAGGAGAACGAGGCGCAGGUGCGCUUGCUGUACUGCUCUCAGGAGGAGGCAGAGCUGGUCUUCAAAGCCGCCUGGGCCGCCGGUCAGGCCGGGGCCUCGCACAUGUGGUUCGCCGUGGGCCCGGCUCUCUCAGGUUUGAGCAUGGAGAGCCUGCCACGGGCUGUGUUUGCCGUGCGGCCCCAGGGCUGGAGGGACGAACCCCGCCGGAGGAUCGCUCGCGGAGUCUCUGUGCUGACUCACGGAGCUGUGGCCAUGCGCAAGGAUUACGGAACAACGGGUGGGCCAAACUUUGUCACCAACUGCAUGACGGACGCCAAUCAGACCCAGAGACUGCGAGGCAGGAUGAGGUAUUUCGGCAACAUAACGCUUGGUGGUCGUGACUAUUCCUUCAAUGUGGACGGUUACCUGGCCAACCCAUUCCUCGAUGUCAUUUCCUGGACACCUGGACGUGGAUGGGAAGAUGUAGGCUGGUGGGAGAACGGCGUGCUGAGGCUCCGGUACCCGGCAUGGUCCCGCUACGGGCCAUUCCUUAAACCACCUGACGAUGCCCAGCACCUGCGCGUUGUCACACUGGAGGAGCGGCCAUUUGUCAUUGUGGAGCUGGCAGACGCUGCAUCCGGGACCUGCAUCCGUGACUCGGUGCCCUGCAGACGACCCCUUAACGCCAGUGUCAUCCAUGAGGGCGUGGCUCCCAUGAAGCAGUGCUGCAAAGGCUUCUGCAUUGACAUCCUCAAGAGAUUGGCCAAGAUUGUCGGCUUCACCUAUGACCUUUACUUAGUGACCAAUGGGAAACAUGGGAAGAAAAUUGAUGGGGUUUGGAACGGAAUGAUUGGAGAGGUGGUGUACAAGCGAGCCGACAUGGCCAUUGGCUCGCUGACUAUCAAUGAGGAGAGGUCGGAGGUCGUGGAUUUUUCCGUCCCCUUUGUGGAGACGGGGAUCAGUGUCAUGGUCUCCCGUAGCAACGGAACUGUAUCACCAUCCGCUUUCUUAGAGCCCUACAGUCCCGCGGUGUGGGUGAUGAUGUUCGUCAUGUGCCUGACCGUAGUAGCUGUGACCGUCUUCAUAUUUGAGUUCUUCAGCCCUGUGGGCUACAAUCGCAGUCUCGCGAACGGCAAGAAGGCUGGAGGCUCUACUUUCACUAUAGGGAAGUCGGUAUGGCUUUUGUGGGCUAUUGUCUUCAACAACUCUGUGCCAGUGGAGAACCCCAGAGGAACCACCAGCAAGAUCAUGGUGCUGAUCUGGGCCUUCUUCGCUGUCAUCUUUCUGGCCUCCUACACUGCUAACCUGGCUGCUUUCAUGAUCCAGGAGGAGUACAUUGACACAGUGUCAGGGCUCUCGGACAAAAAGUUUCAGCAUCCCGAGGAGCAGUACCCACCUCUGAAGUUUGGCACGGUGCCCAACGGGAGCACGGAAAAAAACAUCCGCUCCAACUACCCAGACAUGCACCAGUACAUGGGCAAAUACAACCAGAGAGGAGUGGAGGACGCCAUAACGAACCUAAAGACUGGGAAACUGGAUGCUUUUAUUUAUGAUGCUGCAGUAUUGAACUAUAUGGCCAGGAAGGACGAAGGUUGUAAGGUGAUGACCAUAGGCUCGGGGAAGGUUUUUGCCACCACAGGCUACGGUAUCGCCCUGCACAAAAACUCACGCUGGAAACGUCCUCUUGACCUGGCCCUGUUGCAGCUGGUGGGAGAUGAUGAGAUUGAAAUGCUGGAGCGCCUUUGGCUGUCUGGGAUCUGCCAUAAUGACAAAAUUGAGGUGAUGAGCAGUAAACUGGAUAUUGACAACAUGGCUGGUGUUUUCUACAUGCUGCUGGUGGCCAUGGGCCUCAGUCUGCUGGUGUUUGCCUGGGAACACUUGGUCUACUGGAAGCUGCGCCACUGCAUGGCCACCAGUUCUGGCAAAUUGGACUUUCUCCUGGCAAUCAGCAGAGGCAUGUAUAGCUGCUGUAGUUUUGAAGAUGAAACAACGCCAGGUGGAAGUAAAACUUUGCCAACUCAUCACCACACUGCGAUGGUUACAGUUCCGUCCAAGCCGCAUGUUGUCUCAACGUCUAAGACCAACCCAGUCAUUGCCAUGGCGCAACAGCAGCAACCACAGCAACAGCAGCAACCACAGCCCGUCUACAAGACACCUCUACCGGGCUCUCCUCCCACCGUGGUGCAUUCUGGGACUGCACUGGGUCCCUCAAAUGCCCCCAUAGCUGGUGCACCCCUCCCUUGUUCCACCUUCCUGCCCCGGUCAGACCGCAGACUGGCCGUGGUGGAUCGCUGGAGGCUGCCAAAAACCGCUGCAGCUACAAACCCAUUGGCUGUAAGGGGGGCAAUCACUGACAUGGGACCCUUUGCACAGAAAGUCCCACCAAACUGGGCUUCAGCUGCUGGAGGGGGUGGGGGACUUGAUGGCUAUAAGAGAUACUAUGGUCCCAUUGACCCUGAGGGACUGGGGCCCUGCAUGGAGCAGCAGGCAGGUUCCCAGACCCCCAAGACUAUGCCCAGGGGCGUUAAACCUCUGGGCACUCCCAGAUUGCCUUCUAAGAGUCAGGCCCCUCUGCCCCCUACACCCCCGCUGCCACACCCCUCUCCCCCUCUCCCCUCAUCCUUCUGGAGGAAGCGCAGGCCCAAGAAGCCUAAAGAGCCUGGAGGGCCUCUGUAUGAGAACAUUUUGCCACUGGGGCGGAGGGGAGGAGCACGAGAUGGAGUGAGAGAGGGAGGAGGGAGGAGGGCACGCCCCCUCUCUCCCCCGCUCUCACUUCCUGUGCCAGUACCCCUCAGCCCCUCUUACACCCCUCCUUCGCCCUCCGCAUCUUUGCACUAUACGUCGUCCUCGUCUUCGUCGACCACCUCGUCCACAUCCACGUCCUCAUCUGCUUCAUCUUCCCGCUCGACCUCUCCCACCUACUCUUACAGCUCCUCCAGGAGCACACGGGACAGGACUGGAGGAAUAGAUGGAGAGGAUGAUGAUGACGAUGAAGAGCUGACCGAAGAGUCGAGCCUCCUCCUUGGCAGGGGGAGGGAGAGGGAGCGCUCAAUCAUCCGGCCUCGCUCCUUCAGCCAAGGGCGUCUGCCACCACCCAUUCCCCCCAGGAAACCACGCACGUCCUGGGGCGACAGAGAACGGGAACGAGAGAGGGAGAGGGGGGGAAGCCAACUGUCUCAGCUCCAAGAGUGGUGGGCAAGCUGGAGUGAGAGAGAAAGGGGUGGAGCAGGUGGAGAUGCUGAAAGGCUCAAACGGGAAAAGAAGAGGAGGAAAGAGAAGGAGAAAGAGAAGAAGAAGAAGAAAAAGAACAAAAAGAGGAAAAAGAGGGAAGAGAGGGAAAGGGAGCGAGAGAGAGAAAGGAAGCGGCGAAAGGUUAAGAAGAAGAAGAAGAAGGAGCUAAAGACAAAGAAAAGGAAGAAAUCAAUUGGGGGGAGACGCUCGGAGCCAGAGGAGGGAGAUGGAGAGGCAGAGAGGGAAGGGGAGGCAGAAGGAGAGAUGGAAGGGGGACUACAAGACUACUCGUUCUCUGCUCAGUAUCGGAGCACAUUUGGGGAGAAGGGACGGGAUUCUUGGGAAGGAGACAGGGUAGAGCGAGGGAGGAGGGAGGGAGGAGAUGAGGGCAAUGAACAGGAGGACAGUAGCAGGAGCAGGGAGAGGCGUCCCAAAUCCUCACACUCUCAUUCCAGACCUCGUAUUCCCAGUAAGCGCUACCCGAACCUAAACAAACUCCCUGCAUCCGUCAAAUUCUGGGUGAAUGGAAGAGGAGAUGAUUCUAACACUCCUCCAGCCUCCCUCCACCCUCUGUUGCCCUCCUCCAAGAGGAGAAAGAGUGGAGGGGUGGAGAGGGAUGACAGCGGGAGGUUAGGAGAGCGGCGUCCUUUGUUAAUGCAUUAUGAAAAAGAGAAAGCACAGACUAGAGAAGGGCCGUCCUUCCCCGAGUGGGACUCUGAGGAUGGGGGGGAGGAGGAUGAUGAGGAUGAUGAUGAUGAUGAGGAAGAGGAGGAGAGGGAGAGACAGAGGGAGAGGGGAAGGAGAGUAGGUAGGAGGGCAGUGUCUGAGUCAGAGAGGGACAGGGCCCGGGCAGAGGACAGUUAUUCAGAUGAGGGCUCGUCAGGGGAGUUUGGCCGCUUUGAAAGAUACUGGGAAGGAGGUGCAGGGGGAGGCAGCGCUGGGAUAGGGGGCAUAGGCGGGGGGGGCUGGUUCUUUGGCACUUACCCCUCCAGAGAGAAAGGGGGGAGUAUAAACAGUCGGGAUGAUUUGUUACUAGGAACUCGGGCAGAAGGGUGGAUUGGUGCUGAUUUCUUGGGUUCAGGGCCAGGAGUAGGUUGGGGCUCAGGGGGGAGGGAGUGGAGGACUCGGCUCCCAGUGGCCACCCCCCCCUGCAGCCUUCCCUCCACCGAGGAGGUACUGGUCCAUGGACAAGAUCCCUGUGAAGGGAGAGAAAAAGUGGAAGAGUAGAGGAGGGAAGAGCAAGGGGCGAUCUCGAGACAGAGGGGGAGAAGCAGGACGAGCCACCAUGUGUUCCU